AUAAAUGUGAAUGAUUGCCGCUGUUUACCUGUCCUGGACACUCAUUAGGGUAACCUUUACAUUUUAGCUAUUUGGCGUCUGACAUCCCCAAUACAUAUAGUUAACCUUGUCAAACUAAGAUUAACGACACAAUGGUUUGGCGGCCGUUUCUAGGAUAUUUGACACAGUCCAGUGUCCGUAUGAGUGACCAGUGUGGAAGACUCAAUAGUACGUGGACAGUGGGAAUCCUUGUCCUGUUCGCGGCGUUGACGUUUUUUAUCCAGAUUUCCUCUGAUCCUGUAAACUGCUGGACACCUUCACAGUUUACACACCCGAUGACUGUAUACACUAAUAAAGUUUGUGGCGAAUCGGGUUCGUAUUAUGUUGGUAUAGACAAGGACAUUCCAAUUUAUAGACGAGAAGACGAACAGACGUUCAAAUGGCGAUGGCUUCCACUGAUUCUGCUGGUACAGGCAUUACUGUUCAAGGUUCCUGAUCUAGUUCUAUCAGUAGGACAGGGUCUUGUUGGUCUCAGAUUUACAAAGAUCAUAGGACUUACUGACGGUUACGAGUCUCUCAAUAUGGUCGGUCGAGCUCAAAUGGGGAGACAAGUUGGACGGUACGUGAAGAGCUGGAUUGACUCCACUGUGUUGAAGGGAUGUCCAUGGGGAUGGCUUACACUUCUCUUCCUGUUCACAAAACUGCUGUACUUCAUCAACAUCAUCACACAGUUAUCUGUCAUGGACGGCCUUCUGACGUAUGAAAACCAGUCUUCCUUUGGAAGGCAAAUGCUUGAUGAAAUUGUCAGCAACGAAACAGUAGAAUGGCGUUUAUUGAAUGGUCCAUUUACCCGUAUUGUCUUUUGUGAUUUUCAAAUCCGAUUAUUAGAAACAAUUCAAAGAUGGACAGUGCAGUGUACCCUCAAUAACAUCACGUACUACGAGAUGGUAUUGUGUUUCCUGUGGCUUUGGUUCGUGGUUGUAUCGGUUGUAACCACGAUGAGUGGUAUGCUACAGCUCCUAACAGUCUUGGUGCCAGUUUUUAGGAAACGGUACAUCAAGAGUUAUCUGUAUCUGUCAAAGGAAGUUACUCCAUCGCCGUCUGACAACGACAUUAGCCGGUUUGCAGGAUCAGAAAUAACUGAGGAAGGUGUUUUCAUACUGAAGGCGAUUGGAGAGGCAUCUUCCGAGCACCUGGUCAGGGACGCGGUCAUCUAUCUGUGGCAAUCUACACAUGAUCAACAGACUCCUGGUCAAUUGGGACCACCAGAGCAGGGUGGUCCUCCAUCGUACUUGCCUCCAGGGUAUUGUGUAACCGGCCAGACUUACGUACAAGGAGGUGCCGUAAUAUCAACCCCUCCUUCGGUUGCUUCUCAGCAGGUUAGAUACCGGCCACAGCCUGGAACCGAGACAGCCCCUCUGAUGGCAAACCAGCCGAUGUGAGUCAGUACAAUCUCUACAUUAACUUAGCCUAUGAUAUAAGCCAUACUGUUGAUAUGUAUAAUCUCCACUGCCUUAUAUGAAGCCAAAUGAAUACCAUUGCGACUAUAUCAAUGUGAUGCAAACUGGCUUCCUUCUGGUGCUUUGCAUCAACAUGACACGUUGAUGGUAAUCUUGAUUUUAGCAAUGAAGUAAAGGGAACGCAAUGAAAAAAAGUCUGCAGAAUAAAACAAACAUAGACACGCAAAAUUGGGUUCUGAUAAAUGAGUUUUUUAUGGGGUUUGAAUUGAAAAAAAAGAUGCAUCUGCAGACGAUUUUCCUUUUUGCGAUAUUUGUAAUUUCAUGUAUUUUACAUAUGUAACUCCACUCGUCCAGUACAUUUUUCCUUAAGCUUGCUUCAUGCAUACGAUCUUUUAAAAUAUAGAUCCAAAUUGUAGUUCAAAUUACGUAUACAAUACUAUUAAAAUAUUCAGCCAGCAUUGUUGGUAAAGAGUGUAUUUUGUGUCUAACCGUAUAAGUGUUUGUAAUGUUGUGUUUUCUCCUCGAGGUUGACACUUCCCCUAACAAUAUGAUGUUGUUAUUUACUGUUGUGAUAGAUGCAGUUGAACAAGUUCAGUCGAUCACCGAUGCAGACAUGGAUUGAACGUUAUUUCUAUUAUGACCACGCCUUUAGAUAAAGUUUUUUCACGGGAAAUUCAGUCAAACCUGCUGGAAGGGCCAAAACUAUUAAAACUGGCCAGAUUAGUGUAGGCGGCGAAUGGUAGCUCCACCUAUCAAUGUAUGUUUUACUGGUAAAGGACUUUUUUUUACCUGAUCAUAUAAAUGUUUAUACUAUCGGGUCAAUUGAUUUUUUUAUUAAUCUUUAACGUAUAUCUGUAGUAGGAAAUGCAAUAUAUGUGUAAAUUAAGCAUUAUCUAUUGGUAGGGUUAUGUUAUGGUGUUAACUAAUUCUAGUUACAAAGAUAUGAUCAUGGUUGUUAAUAACCAUUUUUGCUACUAAUACUUUAAAUGAGAUAUGUACGUUUUGUAAAUCUUUACAUUGUAUAAAAUAUUGUUGUAUUAUACUUGUAUUUGAAAUAUGACAUUUAUAAAAAUAUAAUGUAACCUUAGUGUUUUUGUAUGAAUUGGCUUUAGUUUUUUUUAACGCUGCGUCAAUAAUCCGGUCAAUUUUUAAGUGUGUGACCGGUACAUGUAUUGCUUUCUUAUGAAAACUGAUUUGAUUUUUAUCUAAAUGUGGAAAAUAGUGGAAAAUUCCCACAUCAGGAUCAAAACAGGAUUAUAAGGUUAUACAAAAGACAAAAAGGAAGCUGAGGACACUUACAAACAAACGAAAAUACAUCAUUGUUUAUUUAAUGAGAUGCUUUGGUGCUAAGAUAUAUAUAUAUAUAUAUAGUCAAGUCAAGUAUAUAUUUAUAUCCGAAGUCGACUUUAAUUAUUCCUAAAUUUAUAAUCCAUGUACUAUACAUAUAUCAGUACACUCGUUUAAUAUGUAUUUCUUUCAGCUUUCUUAAUGAAUACUAUCUUUUAAACAAUAGUUCAAAUUUCAUAUGUAAUACUAUUGAAAUAUGCAGCCUCGUUUAUGAGGGUUAUUUUAUGUCUUACAGUAAAUUAAAUGAACUGCAUGUACAUCUGUUUCGAUGAUACGUUGAAACAAUCCAAAAACUCGCCUGGUCUGAUCGUGGUUGACAAUUUCCUUUUCUAUAUGAUGUUGUCUUAUAUUGUUGUGAUAUAUGAAGCUGAACAAGGUUAGUCGCUGACAGAUACAGAAAAAGUGGAUUGAACAAUGUUUCUUUUAUGACCACGCCUUUAGAUACUGUGAUUUGUUCAAACUUGCUGGAGAGACCAAAUGUAAUAUAAUGGACUACCUGUUUUACGAAUCGACAUUGAAACUUACAUUUAAAUAAUAUUAUGUAAGCUGAACCAAUGUUAAAGAACCAUUUUCAAUAAGGGGUCAUUUUAGGGACCUUUCGAAGAAAAUAGUUACAACACAGAUGUACACGUAUGUUUACAUUUUUCCCUUUUUUUUUUUUACCUACCAUGUAAAUGUUUAAACGUUUCCCUUUUUGUGUACCUCACUUAAACAUCGCAUUAGUUAUUUCCUGCAAGACAUUUAGAAUAAUCUUUAACGUAAUAUGUUAUACAAUAUAUCUAAAUAUGGCAAUCAGACAUAUUAUCUUUUUGUUCUGGUUUACAGUGUUCCAGUUUAAAAAAUAUUACCAUGGUUGUUGAUAUCUAUUUUUGCUACUGAUAAUUGAAAUGAGAUAUGAACGUUUUGUAAAUCUAUACGCUGUAUAAAGUAUUGAAGCAUUGUACUUGUUUAUGACAUGUAACAUUUAUCAAGUGAAAUGAAAACUAACCCUUGCUUUGGCGUCAAGUAUACUAGUCACUGUUUGAAGAAAUUUGUAAAUGUAUAACAUUGCAUAUGCAGAUGUGUGGAUAUCUAAAUGUGUAAAGUAGAAGAAAACUUAUCAGUAAUAAAACUGCAAACUGCAAAAUGCAAACUGGCCAAUGUCUUUUUUUCAGACGGAGAUGGAGUUACCACAACCAAUAUCCAUUACAGGACCCUAUCAUAUAUACAGUUACCUCCCUUUAAUUUCAUUUUGGAUAUAUCUGUAGCACAUUUGUGCCCAACCUCGAUAUCCAGGGGUUACGCUCACUUUCGCUCUCUGCACCCCUGGAAUAUGUCAUAGCAAAAUUGAAGGCUCGGUGUGCACCACCUUGUUGAUGAGACAAGAAGACUUGUUCGACCCUUUGAUGUACAUCAAAAGAAUCUCAGUGUCGCAUAAUGGUAAAUAUUGACUGACUUUGAAGCCGGGUGUCGCUCCUUUGUAAUCUUUAAAGGAUAUGUAUCAGCUUAGCGAUAGGUCAGUUGUAUUUACCUGAGACCAAUCAAACAGCUAUCUUUGUGCCUUCAAUUUUGUUAUGACAUAUGUAUUGGUUAUAUCAUAGGAACCGAGCAAUAUGUUAGUUAUUGUACGAGAGGGGCGGAGCUACUUCUCGAGCGCGUAGCGCGAGAGAUGUAAGCUCCGCCCCCUCGAGUACGAUAACUGACAUAUUGCGAGGCCUAUGAUGUAACCGACUUGUCGCAUAAAGUGUCACGUAAUUUUUUUUAGAGAACAUUUGAACAUUUGAUAAUGUCCAGAACUGGUCACAGGAGCACAGCAGUUCAAGCUUCAAGAGACUGUGUGCUGCACCGCUGUUAGAAGUGAGUAAAUUAUUGGACCCUCCGAAGGAGAAAAUGGUAAAAAUUGAGGGCGCUACAUGUAAAAAUGGUAAUUCAGAUACUAAGCCUACUAAUGUGAAUAUUAACAUGCCUACAAAAAAGAACCAUGUUCCAUUUGCUGUAUUUCUAAUAUGUCCAGAAAUGUGUUUCACAUUUGCCACGUGUCUUUUAAUUACAAGACCGACUGGUACCAGUUUAUGCUAAGACUUUAACUUACAAAACGGAAAAAAGAUCGACCGUGGAACCUGUCUGUAAAGGCGAAAUUUGUUGCAUUGUUUGCAACAAUGUUGCUUGAUAAAAUGUGUUUGAACUUCCUGUAUUUGUAUUUUUAUUUAUUUCCCACGGUGUCGAUAUCCUAUUAACAUCACUAAUUGGCCACUGUACACUUUCAUUGGCUGACCAAUGAGAAUGGAGAAUUCUAUUGUAUUCAGUAUAGGGGAGGAGCUUCACUAAUACCAUAUGGUAUUAGUAAAACUGUGUAAAAUAAGUUGGUUAUACCAUAGCUAGAUCAAAG